GGCCUCUUGCCUCUCCGUUCAGCACAAAUCUCACCUGCGCUUCUACCUCGCGAAUUCCGUCGGUUCCAUCUCUUUCCGACCUGCGGAGUUGCCCAAUUUGUCCGGCUCGCUGCUCUGCUCAACCAAAUGCCUAGUUCGCCAGUGCAUCAAGCUCUAGGUGAAACGAUGGAUUCGUCACAGGUCACGCGUGAGAUUUACUAUCGCUUGCGCAUAAUUUGGGUUUGGUUAUUGUAAUUUGUAAGGUCCCCUUAUUGAACCACCCGCUUCACCCUGACAAAAGCAUGCCCGCUAUACAGUGCCGGUCCACAUUCAAAGUCAGCCCCUUUCCUUCUUAGCAAGCUGAUGGUUGGAAGCUGUGGCUGUGCAGAAAUGGCAUGAUUCAGUAUUAUAUCAUGUCGCCGCUACAACCUACGUAUUGAUUCUCUUCUGCGUGAUAUCAAGGCUUUGGUUGCUCGGCAUUCAAAUAAAUUGAGUAUGGACACUAUAAGAGCAAGCAACAAAGGGUAUUCUGCAGAGCUGUUUGUUGUUACUUUUAAUCACGUGAAGGAGAGCGUGGAUAAUGGCUCAAAGGUUCAUGUCCUUCUGAGCUUUGGGCAGCAUGGCAGAGAACUUAUUACCUCUGAGGUUGCAUUACAUCUUCUCUAUAUUUUAACGGACAAGCGUAAGAUUGCCGGUGUGGAUCUAUCAUCCUUUGAGAAAAUGCUGGAGAAUAUUGUGAUCAAAAUGGUGCCAAUGGAAAAUUUCAAUGGUCGCAAACGUGUUGAAGCAGGCGAACUUUGUGAUAGGAGAAAUGGAAGAGGAGUAGAUCUUAAUAGAAAUUGGAGUGUUGAUUGGGGAAAGAAAGAAAAGGACUAUGACCCAUAUGAGGAGAAUCCUGGUAUUGCUCCUUUUAGCGAGCCUGAAGCCCAGAUCAUGAGGGAACUAUCCAGGUCAUUUAAACCUCAUAUUUGGGUGAAUGUACAUUCGGGAAUGGAGGCCUUAUUUAUGCCAUAUGACCACAAGAAUACCACACCAAACGGAGCAUCUGCUCAUUUGAUGAGGUCAGUUUUAGAGAAUUUGAACCAUCGCCAUUUCCAAGAUAGCUGCCUAGUUGGUUCAGGGGGUGGAGCUGUUGGGUAUCUUGCACAUGGGACUACGACUGAUUACAUGUAUGACAUUGCAAAGGUGCCAAUACCAUUCACCUUUGAGAUAUAUGGAGAUGAGACAGCAUCUAGCAACGAUUGCUUCAAAAUGUUCAAUCCUGUUGACAAGACAACCUUUGACAGAGUCAUCAACAAGUGGUGUAUGGCGUUUCUCAUCCUUUUCGAGGAAGGAUUGCGAAACCUGCAGGAUGCCCAGUUAGUAUCACAAGGCACACUGGAUAAUUGGGUCCAUGUCGGGGGAGAGCAGAGUGUAUCACGGAAGAGUGACCGUGAAAGGAGGAAACUGGAAGGUCUUGACCUCGGAAUGCAGGAGCUAAGAACGUACUUUAGGCUAUUUAUGUUAUCUACAUUCUUGUUGAUGUUCAUGUUCUGCUCAAGGAUAUCAAAGAACAGACACAGAGACUCAGGUAACGUCUUUGAUCCUUGAAUGCCAAGAAAGCAUUGAUUGGAGCUCCCUGUUCAGUUGAGUUUCGUAUGGCAAGAGUGAUCACCAUUUGUUGCCUCAGAUGAACAAAACGCUUGAAACAUUCAACGCGACGAACUUCUGCGCUCUGCCACUUGGAGAUCGAUAGAUUUGGUCAUUGAUGAGGCUGGUAGGAUCAGAAUGGUAUUUCACAGCUUCUGUUUAGUUAGCUGCUAGUAGAAUGUCAAAUGAUUUGCUUUAUCAUUAAAAAAUUGUAACUGUAAGUUGUAAAAUUGUCCAUAUAGGUUUUUUUAGUGCAUAGAUUAACCUUUUGAAGGUUGGUGCACAAAUACUGGAUGUGAAGGUUGAUUUUUUGACAUUAUUUAAUGUAAUAUCCCACUAUUCGAACGA